AUGGGAUGAAGGCUGGCCUAUUUGAAUGAUCAGACGGCGGUUUCUCACGCAUUCGAGAGGGAAACAAGGAAAAGGAAGUAGUUCGCUGUUGUGGAAACGCUGGAAUACCGCUAUACUGUCUUACACUGCUUAAUAUACUCCGCUUUAUAAAGUUGUGUGUUUCUACGGGCUUCCACGAUGUCUCACAAACAAAUAUACUACUCUGAUAAAUAUGACGACGACAAAUACGAGUACAGACAUGUCAUGCUGCCCAAAGAGAUCGCAAAGCGGGUUCCCAAGACCCAUUUGAUGUCAGAGACGGAGUGGAGGAAUCUGGGCGUCCAGCAGAGUCAAGGAUGGGUGCAUUACAUGAUCCACCAACCAGAGCCACACAUCCUGCUGUUCAGACGCCCUCUGCCGAACCAGAAGUCAUAAAGGAUAUUUUCUGGGUCCUGCAGAGAUCAGGCCUCCAGCUCUACGCUCAAAGUCGCCACAGCUGCCGUCAGAUCACCAGGCUGUUGUGGUCAGUAACUUGCUUUGAUGGAGCUGGACCAGGAGAUGAACUAUUACCUUUACGAACAGAGGAUGUGAAAGCCUGUGUGUCCAGAUGAGAAGAAGGGGAAAAAAACAAAACAAAGCGCCGCUUCUUUAGACGAGACGUUUGCAUGUAAACAGCAACACACAACUGCCUGACACUUUGGGCCCUUCUUUCUAGCCCUGCCUGUGUAUCUCGCUGGACCUGCUGGGAUGUUCAGUCUGUAGAAUUCAUUGCCUUGUCACUCCGGUGAAACUUUCCUUUUUGUUCUGGGAGCAUCCGGCAGACUCGCAGGGCCCUAAAUGUAGUUUUGAUUUUGUACAUUUGUGGUUUGAAGCGACAUGUUGCUGCUUGAUUUAAAUUACAAUGUCAGUUGUACCUUAAAAAAAUAUUUUCAUGUCCCCCCCCCCCCCCCCCCCCCCCAAAAAAAAAAAUCUGCGACAAAUUCAAAACUAGUUUGGAUCUGGAUUCCGUGAAAACAACUUGGUUUGGGCUUCCUGUCAUGAAUCUUUUCAGUUGCUGACUACCAGCUUGGUAUUUAUGAAAUGUUGCUCUUUCUUUAAAUAAAUGUCAAGUUUUAAAUCUGA